UUGCUCUGCCCCCAACUCAUCUCACUCUCACUCACACACUCUCUUAGCGACUUAGCCAGCUUUGUACUCUUCAGCGACUUCACUGCAGCUACCUCGCGGCCAUGUCUACGGUGACCCGCGCCUACCUCGACCAGAGGCUCGCCAUGGCAAAGCGCUGCUCCAGAGAGGCCGCCAUGGCAGGAGCCAAGGCCGCGGCCGUCGCCACCGUCGCAGCCGCAGUCCCCACCCUGGCGAGCGUGAGGAUGCUGCCGUGGGCGAAGGCGCACCUGAACCCAGCCGGCCAGGCGCUCAUCAUCUCCACCGUCGCCGGGAUGGCAUACUUCAUCGUCGCCGACAAGACCAUCCUGUCCAUGGCCAGGAAGCACUCGUUUGAGGGCGCGCCGGAGCAUCUGAAGAACACAUCCUUCCAGUAUAGGCUCUAGAUCAAUAAGUUUGCAAUAAACUGCGUGUACGCUGUCCGCCUCUAUGCACGUGUCUGCUGAAAGAUGGUACUAUAAUGUCAGCGACAGAGGCGAGGUGAUACAGUGCAGAUAGUAGUGUUUUGUCCUUCUCUUCCUGAGGAAAUUAAGCACUUAAUUAUCUGAUGAUUUAAUCAUGCAUGUAUCUUAUGAGCCAGAAAUCUUGGAUCUGUAACUAUAUAGUACUCCUAUUUGUACA